AAGCAAUGCCAUCCACUUUAUUUUCUUCACCUUGUUGAAGAAGGAUUCUCGAGAAUUCUCAUGCAAAAUCUUGAACAAUCUCAACCAGACUCAUCCCAGCUUCGGACUUUCGAUCCCGAACCGUUCAACCACCUGACAAGGCCGCUUCUCUUCUCCAAAACACCCGCGUGCUAGAAUCCACUACUGUGAUUCGUCCAUUUCGUCCAUCUGUAUCCCAGCUGGCAUAUGACUCUCGGCCAGUGCUAGGAUUUUCUCACUUCCACGUUUUCCAUUGUCCCAGAUAGCACCGAGACGCUGGCCUGGAUCCGAAUAUGGGAAAAUUUGAUCUGGAAAUAACCUGCAUCUAAGCACAUCCUAAUCGUUGACACUUCCGACAACAACUGUCCUUCUCGCCAGGAUCCUUCCACACCGCUCUCCAGCUCCCGAUGCGCAACAUCAAUUACACAGGGCCAUCACGAACUGGGCCUUUUGUGCGCUGACUCAGCCUCGAAUCACAAGUCGGCAACCUAGGCGCCUGUAUAGAGCCUUGUCGACCCGAUUGAUCUCCGUACUGCCGGGCUUCUAUCAAGUUUCUUGACCUAUCACCACCAAUAUGAAAUUCGGAAAGCAAAUACAGCGACAGCAAUUAGACCUUCCCGAAUAUGCCGCGAGUUUUCUCAAUUACAAGGCUCUCAAGAAGCUCAUCAAGCAGCUCAGCGCCACCCCGACAAUCGAGGCACAAAGAGAUGCAACUGCGCUAGACGCGCAAGCCGCUCUACGCGCGAAUAAAGAAGUCUUCUUCUUUCGGCUGGAACGGGAGAUAGAAAAGGUCAAUGUGUUUUAUUUGCAGAAAGAAGCAGAGUUCUCGCUUCGACUGAAAACCUUGCUGGAUAAAAAGCGCGUAAUUCAAGCGAGAAUAGCUGCAAAUUCAAGACUGUCCGCCAGCUUCGCAACACUAGUCGAGGGUUUCCAACAAUUUGACAAUGACCUCAACAAACUUCAACAAUUUGUUGAAGUCAAUGAAACAGCAAUCUCAAAAAUUCUAAAAAAGUGGGACAAAACAUCUAAGUCACGGACGAAAGAAAUAUAUCUACAGAGAGCUGUCGAAAUUCAGCCAUGCUUCAAUCGAGACGUUCUUCGAGAUCUUGCCGAUAAAGCGACCACAGCUCGACUUGACCUUGAGGCAUGGGCUGAAGGAGAGAACAUACAGUACGAAGUUUCCAAACCUCAAGAUCGCACCAUUGGUCAACGGGUCGGCACAGAAGAAAGUGAUAUCGAUCUUCAAAUCCUGCAGGCAUCCGCAGCUGGCAAUGUGGGCGCCCUGCGUGAGUGGAUCGCCAGGUUGAGCGCAGCUCCAAACGCUGGCGAACUAUUCACACGAAUAUUUCUUGCAACCAUCAGUGAAGCUCCUGACGAGUCUCUCCACACAUUUCUCGAGUCUGGCCUAGUCGACAUACAUGCCGAGGACGACAUCAAUGAACGGAAUUGCUUACAUGAAGCCGCGAUCUACGGCAAGGAUAGCGUGCUUGAUUAUGGCCUAUCCCAUGGUGUUGAUCUCGCACGGCUGGAUGUAUACGGCAGGGUGCCACUGCAUUAUGCUUGUCUGAGGGGACGACUGGCGAUGGUCGAAAAAUUGGUGGCAGCUGGACCAAACACUAUCGACAUGAAAGACCACGAUAACUUUACACCUUUGAUCCACAGUAUUGUCCGUCACCGAGUCGAAUGCGUUCGUCUCCUCCUUGCUCAUAAUGCCAGGAUUGAUCCGCAGUCAGAGGCAGAUCACAUUCCCUUGAAUUUGGCCUGCCAGCAUGAGUCGAUAGAGGUGGCAACCAUGCUGCUCGAGAGAAACGCCAAACUGCUUCCCGAUGCAGAAGGUCUAUUUCCUCAGCACCUUGUUGCUCGGUCAAGCCAGAAAGCCGACCUGCUAUUGCUUCUCCGACAGCAUGGGGCAGAUCUCAAUCAGCGUGACAAACUGUAUCAGUGGACACCACUUUUCCAUGCGGCCAGCGAGGGCCGAGUGGAGUGCCUCCGCGCUCUUUUGGAAAGUGGUGCGGAUCCAGAAGCCCUCGACGAGAAGGGUCUUACAGCAAUGUACUAUGCUACCUGGGAAGGUCAUCUCGAAUGCAUGGAUCUGUUAUGGGAGCGAACCAGUUAUCGUCGGGCCACGAGGAGAACAUCCCGACUAGGAGCGGUCGUGCCUCCUCACAGCCAGAUGAACGCCAUGGAAAUCACACCCGAAGAACCAAUGCCAGCGGAAGGGGAUGGUAUACCCGACCUAUCUCUGCCACCACCGAUAAUCCCCUUGCGACGGUACGGCCACAACUUCCUCGACACCAAGACAUUCAUUGCGAUCAAUUUCGAUGGCGGCGCUCGAGCUAUACAAUUUUUCAAUGAAGCCAGAUAUCCUGCUGCUCGUUUGACCAUCUCAUCGAAGACAUCGGAUCUCAUCCCUCGCAACCUGAUGUUGCCGAUCCAAGAAGACUCCAGGUCGGUCUAUUUCCAGGUCGACAACCUGAGCACGUUCGCCGUGGACUUUGAGAUAUUCCCAACAUUCGGUUCCAAGGUGAUUGCGAAGUCCGUUGCUCUUCCAGAUGUAUUUCGAGCUAUCGAGAGCAGCAGCGGCACUUGCUGUCUUCCACUUUUUGACCCGAGAUUACGUUCUGUGGGCCAAAUAAAGUUCAACUUCCAAGUGAUCAAGCCAUACGAAGGCACUCCAUUGGAGAUUACCCAGUUCGCCACAUACUGGAAAGCGACCAGCGCUCUGGACGACCAUUCAGGCUUGGUAACUGGCUCAAGUUUGUCAGGCGACUAUCUCAGACUUACUGUCCAACUUACCCGCGACGGUAUCCCAGUCAUCUAUCCCUCAUACUUCGUGCCCUACGACAACCUCGACGUUUCUCUGACUCAACUCAAUUCCGAUAUCCUUGCGAAACUGGGACUUGCUGGCUCAGUAUUGCACAGCGAUGGCACUUCCACUUUCGACAGCACAGAUGUCCUCGCGUGGAAAGAUCGCCUCUCAGGCUCCAUCUUUCUGCUCCGCGACGUCCUGGCCGCCAUGCCGCCGCACGUCAACCUGAAUCUUCAUAUCUUGUACCCAUCGACCUCGGAAAAUGUGGAGCUGGGAGUGAGCUCCAAUAUCGACAUCAACACAUUCAUCGAUGCGCUGUUGACUGAAGUGUUCAACCACGCGCGUGCGCUGCGCAAUCUGUCCCCGGACUUGUCACGCUCAAUCGUGUUUUCCUCUUUCAAUCCCAACGUCUGUACCGCGCUGAACUGGAAACAGCCCAAUUUUCCGGUCCUCCUGUGUAAUUCUCUCGGAUCACCGAACGCCCAAGGUACCUCGAUCAAAGAAUCAGCGAGACUUGCGCAGAUGAAUAACUUCAUGGGCUUGACGUGCUCGGCACGAAUACUGCAAAUGGUUCCGGCGCUGAUCGAGACCAUCAAGCAAGCGGGCCUGGUCCUUGUGUCGGAUGCGUCGAAGGAGGAGCCACCGCCGGUACAGCAGCCGUCAGGCUCGGUGGCUACUGGGUGGGCAAUGAUGCCGGACGGUGUGAACGGAAUCAUGAAAACUAAUGGUGUCUUGAGAUUUAAUGAGAGCAUUGACAUGUAGUCUGAUGAGCAGGAGCUACAGGUGGACAGGCCGUACCAGCCGGGCUGCUCGUCGAAAGCAAAAGAAGUAGGAGUGCAGAUUGUGACCAGCUACAGUAGAUCCCAGGUGUCAUGAAAAGGGGAGGUUUUCUGUCGUGUUCAAUUUAGAAAAGCGGUGCAUGUGGUCGGCAGUAUUGGUUGUUUGCGCUCAUAUGCAAGCACAUCGAUCGGUGGGAUGCAUGUGCAGUGCAGUGACAGGGACAGCAGCAGCUGCUGCUCCAGUGGAAUGAGGAAGGAGGCUUUGGAUAGUCGAGUCUCGAAUCGAUUGCUCAACAAUUAUGGGCGGCGGUGUGCUGUCUUUGCAUUUGUCUUUCCCACCUUGUGUUCUGG